AAGGGAUUCUAGCUGCUUUUAUAAAUCCUCGCAGAAGAAGUCAUUCGUUCUUUCAAGAUGGCCGAACAACAAGUUGAAACAGCGAUUCACCCAACUGUUUACAAGGGGGAUGCCCUUAUAACACCCCUUUGUGAAGGCACUAAUAAAUACAAGUGCAAAUUCUGCAGCAAGGUGGGGGACUAUGGCCAUAUUGCGGCACAUCUGCAGACCCAUAGGAGAACGGCUGUUAAACAUGGAGGAUUCGCAAUGUACAGGUGCAAUGGGGUGUGUUGCAAAUCGCCACAUUUCCACUGCUGCUACUGUGGGGAGUUCAGAACCCAGCCCACUAUUAUGAAUCAUGUUCAGAAGUGCGCAGUGGCAGCCUGCAGUGUUGGAUCGCUUCGCCAGACCGCCACUGUCUCCUCCUCAGCCUCCACGGUGGCCUCCUCAGCCUACCCUGUCACCUCUGCAGCCUCCCAAAUUGCCACAGCAUCUGUAGCCUCCACUCCACUCCAAGCCAUCAGUCGCAGCAAAGUAGUCCAGUCAAGGGCCAAAAGGACAACAUGCCCUUUGUGUAAAACUGAAUUAUAUAUGAAAAACCUCAAGACCCACAUGGAUCGACGUCACUCAUCAUCUGUUCCUGAUAUUACUUCUAAUCACCAUCUUCCAUCCCAAUGCUUAGACCUCAAAAAGGGCAUUUUUGCUGUUGGAAGAACAUUUUCUGGGCUGUGAAACCCCAUUCAUGUACAGAAGUUCACCUGGGGAAACAGCCACCAAGUUGUUUGUGAGCUUGAAAAUUGCAAGCAGGCAUCAGAAUUUUCCAGAAGAAGUAACUUAUUAGGGUUUGAGUGUAUUCAUGUUAGGUCUCUGAUAUACUGUCCUACUUCAUCCACACCAGACGUCACACUGAAGGAGGAAGUUCUGUCAGAUAUGGUUGGGAAGAAAUGGAUUUCUGACAACACAAAAAGAAUGUGUCUAGUCAGAAAGGAGAAAGCUGAGUCUGAAAACAGCCCACUGAGUAAAGUGGUGACAUUUUGCAGUGGCGCAUCAAGAGUUUAUGUGUCAGUACUUGAAACAUGCACCUCAUAUUAUUCGCGGUUAGGGAGAGUGUCUGUAUGUUAUGACAUAAAAAGAAAUGCUUGGCAGUGUCCAUGCUCAAAGCCAAAGAAUUCCUGUGCUCAUAAGUCCAUAGCAAAAUGGCACUUGAAUCAGACCCGACCUGAACUCUUCCUAAAGGUCCGAAGUACAGACAGUGAUGUGUUUGAGACCUUUGUUGAAUCUGAUCCUGAAGGCCACAGUACUGAGGACAUUCUCUAUCCACCUGAGGGAGCCGCUUUGACAUCACUUGUUCUUUACUUGUUGGACCACAAGAAAUUACCAGCUGUUCUGUCAACGGAUGCAUGUUCACCGCAGAACAUGGAGACACUGCCAAAGCGCCUCAUACCUCUUGAGAACGUUUGCACUGUUUGCCCAGGAAAAAUUCGUCUGUCGGAUCCUAUGCCGAUAACUCAUAAAGCCAACAUAGUGACAUUCACUGGCAUAGUAAAGGGUAUGUUUAGUUUAUGAAUAUAUUAGUGAUACUUCCGCUGGCCAUCCAUAUGCUACAGUAAAUGUUAUUUUGUUAAGUAUAGCAGUCAUUCACUAUUCAUUUAUAUGCUGUAUAUUGUCUUUUUUACACACACGCACUAUCGUAUACACACACAGAUAUAUAGACAUCUGUAAAUCCCAUCACUAAUACUUUCUUGUAUUUUCUCAGAUGUGUCCACGUACUGUAAAAGGUGUGGGCUUUGUGGACAUUUCUACCGAUAUCAAGAAUGGACAAAUGUUUGUUUAAUAAAGACUUUCCUCUUUGUA